CUCGGUCUGUUCUCUACAUUUUGUAGAUGGUUGUCCCACUGAAAACAACCCUGUACCAACAUUGUUUCCUCGAAACAAUUUUAAAAAUCCGAAAAAUAUCAGAAAAUCAACUUCUAUUGCAAAACGUCAAAGUGCAGAGAGUUCUACAUCCACAGAUUCUGUGUCAGUCAGUCAGAAUUCUCAUUCAACAGCCUGAGAACGAAUUGCGAUGAAGGAUAUCACAAUUUUGUAUGAGGGGAAUGGAGCUAUACAUAUACCUCUCCCUGUAGCACACGAGUGUGUUGUAGAUACUGAUCAGUCUUCCAAGUCCAAUGAAAACUGUUUAGAGGUACCUUGCCCUGAGACUAUGGACGUCAUAAACGCUCAUGGAAAUAACAACCGUGACCAUAUUUACUGCAAACGGUCUAUCGAGUCUAGAUGCAGUGAAGAUUUUGUGGAGUCUGCUGUGCAGACAGAUCUUACCAUGGACGACAUACACCAUAUGGAGACAAUGACCAAAGAGACAGACCAUAUUCUCAGGGAGCAGUUUGUAAACAGAAUUACGCGGUCUGAUUCAGCAGUCAGAAAAUACUUAGGAAUACCUAGUUUUAUUAUGCUCUUCGGAAUAUUCGCUAUACUUGAUAAAGUAUGCACCAAACUCAAAUACUGGUCAGGAAAAAACAGUACAUCAAACAUGAAUUACGAAACAUCUGAAGCCAGAAAACCAGGCCCAAAGCGGAAGUUGACAAACUUCCAUGAGUUUUUAUUAACACUUCUUCGACUAAGACUCUCUGUUCCUGCCUUUUUGAUUGGUGAUUUAUUUGGUGUGUCUGAGACAAGAGUGUCACAAGUUGUGUGUACAUGGAUUAACUACAUGUCCCAAGUUUUCAAACCUCAUCUGAAAUGGCCAUCACUACAAAGCACCAAGAAACAUAUGCCAAGGUCUUUCAAACAGACAUUCCCUAGGACUAGAAUUAUCAUAGACUGUACCGAGAUAUUCAUUCAAAAGCCAAGGACACCUACUGCUCAAAGCCAAACCUACAGCAAUUACAAGGGACAUAAUACAUUUAAAAGCCUUGUUGGAAUAACACCCACAGGUGCAUUCUCUUUUGUGUCUGAAUUGUGGGGUGGCAAUGUGUCUGACAGGUACAUUACAGCCAAUAGUGGUUUCCUGGAUUUGAUAACUGCUGGAGAUGAGGCGAUGGCAGAUCGUGGUUUCAUCAUCAGAGAUUAUCUACUGGAACGAAGGGCUAAGUUGGUCAUUCCACCAUUUACACAUAAAUUGAUUUAG